CACCGGAAGUGUAGAGCGGAGCAGACCCACAAGAGGGAAAAAGAAAAAAAUCGAGGAAAAAAAAUUCGGAGAAUCUGAGGGUUUGGGCGGAUUUGGACUGAGUUUCCGAACUGUCCCAACCCGAGGGAGCCCCAGGGUUGAGAGGGAAUCGCCAACACCGAAAUAAUGGAAGAAUCCCAUUUCAACUCAUCAUACUUUUGGUCUCCCGUUCCCACAGUACAAGGACAGAUUGAAAACGCCAUGUUCCUGAACAAGAUGAAGGAGCAGUUGGGUCCGGACAAUAAGGGUUCUCCGUCGUUCCCUCACUCCUCACACUAUCCCGCCGCCGUGCUCACCAUGGACACGGGAGGCCGGGUGGUGCCCAAACAGGAAGGUGGAGGCGGUGGUGUCCAAUUGAACGCCGUAGGCGGUCACCUGCACCAGCCGCACACCUCACAGAAUAUCACGGUGGUGCCCGUCCAGUCCACUGGCAUCAUGACGGCAGCGGGGCUAGUGAUAACCACUCCCCAAGGCACCCUGGUCUCUCAACCCACCUCCACACAAUCUUUUGUGCCCGGACCCCCUGCCAACACCAUGAUAGUGUCCGCACUACACCCCACAAACACAGAGAGCAGCCAGCACUCCUCUCUCUACUUCUACAGCCACAACAAGAAAGAGGAUUUGGUCAUCCCUCCUGUUGUCAUGCCAACGCCCGGGAAGCGGGGCAGGAAGAAGAAGUCGAUGAUGCAGAGGGCUGGCGCCAACCUCCCCCCAGGAAGUGAUGCGUUGAUUCUGGCUCACCUGGCUGCUGGGGGGCAGCACCACACUGCAGACCAUUAUGACUUAUCAAAUGAUGAGGAUGAGCAUGGUAACAAAGACGGGACCAAAUCAUACAGGUGCCGGAUGUGUGCGGUGACGUUCUUCAGCAAGUCGGACAUGCAGAUCCACGCCAAGUCUCACACGGAGGCCAAGCCGCACAAGUGCCCCCACUGCUCCAAGUCGUUCGCCAACUCCAGCUACCUGUCCCAGCACAUCCGCAUCCACAGCGGGGCCAAGCCCUACACCUGCUCCUUCUGCCAGAAAACAUUCAGGCAGCUCAGUCACUUACAGCAGCACACACGAAACCACACUGAGGGCAAACCGCACAAGUGUCCCCACUGCUCCAAAUCGUUCGCCAACUCCAGCUACCUGGCCCAGCACAUCCGCAUCCACAGCGGGGCCAAGCCCUACACCUGCUCCUUCUGCCAGAAAACAUUCAGGCAGCUCAGUCACUUACAGCAGCACCACAGGAUUCACACUGGGGACCGACCUUACAAGUGCAUCCAUCCUGGCUGCGAGAAAGCGUUCACUCAGCUGUCCAACUUGCAGUCUCACCGCCGGCAGCACAACAAAGACAAGCCGUACAAGUGCCACAACUGCAACCGCGGUUACACAGACGCGGCCAGUCUGGAGGUGCACCUGUCCACUCACACGGUCAAACACGCCAAGCUCUACUCCUGUGGCCUGUGCAACCGCGCCUACACCUCGGAGACCUACCUGAUGAAACACAUGCGGAAGCACAACCCGGACCCCCUCACAGUGGCGGCUGCCGUCGCCGCCCAGCAGGCCCAGGGUCACACUCCUGGAGGAGCGGGCAGGGGGAGGGGUCGUGGCAGAGGAAGCGGGGCAAACAUAGGAGGCGGUGGUCCCGGAGGGGCAGGUCAGAACCCAGGGCAGAACCAGCCCCAGAACCCCAACAACCCUCAGCAAGGCAGCUACCCGCAGACGGAGGGCGUGCCGUGCCCCUUCGACCUGCACCAGUACAAGACGGUCAGCGUCACCGACCUGUCGGCCCAUAAGGACCUCUGCCUGACCGUGUCCACCUCAGCCAUUCAGGUGGAGCACAUGAACUCAUAGAGCGAGAGGAUGGACAGAAUGGAGAGGGAGGGAGGGAGUGGAGCCUGGUGUCACUUUUUAAAUGGGAGGAUGGGCUCAUUGUAAUGGCUGGAAUGGAACGUGUGUCAAACACAUUAAAUGUGUUUGAAACCAGCUAUUUCAAUGAGGCAGUCCACUGAUUUCUCCUCCCACCAGCCUCCACUGGGAGGGAGAAAGUACUAAGUAAAAACUACACUGCCUUGGGGUUGGCGAAGGAAUGAAUGGAAGAAUGAGGUUUGGCGAUGCAAGACCCAAUCAGAGGAUAAGGAAAGGAGGGCGUGAAGGGACUACUUGAGAUGAAGAGGAAGCAUGGGAUAUGUAGUCCAGUAUUGAAUGAAGAGAUGAUAUAUGAAUGGUUCAAAGAAUGCACUUAAUGAGAAGACAUCGAAAAGGGAGAGAGAGAGAACAAAAAAUGGGGGGGGGGGGUCUGAUAUAAAGAAGGCACUUGAUCAAUCUCGUAUUUUUUCGGUUUCUCAUCGUUUCAUUUAGUUGUUGUAUGUAUAUUAUCAUAUAUGUAUGUAUUUUUCUACCAACAGUGGAAUGUGUCAGCGAACGGCGUGGGAAAGCAAAAAGAUUGUGCAAGGAAUGUGAGUGAGAAGAAACAUCUAGGAACAGCAGAUUUUGUAUUUAAGAAGGAUCAUUUUGUAUAUUCCCCAAAACAUUUUUGCAAAGCAAGGGGUGAGGGGGAGAAAGGAGCAUCUUGUUGAAACAUGGAAAUGGCUGUCAGGUACUGUUAACAAGUUUUUUUAAGUUUAGUUUUUUAAACCUUUCAUACUGAAUAUUGCAUUAUUCUUAUUGUGUCAAUGUUAUCCUCAUUAUUAUCAAUUGGAAGAUACUGUAAUCUAUGUAGAUAUAUAUAGAAAUGAUUUUUUUCAUUCAAAAAAAAGGGAAUGAUGUACUUCCUAAUCUCUGCCUCUGUAAAGUAAACCAGAAAACAAGAACUCCAAAAGUAACGAAUCGUUGACAUGUAUUUCUAACCCGUCCAAUCACAGAGCUCUAUUCUGUUCUCUCUAUUUAUAGAGCAGGCUCGUGAUUGGCCGGUUAUCUUAUGUAUACUCCUUGUACUUUGUGUCUUUUGAAAUAACACAGUUCUCAAUAUUCUUAUUAGUGUCGUUAUUAUUGCUCCUAAUACUGUUAUUAACUACCCUUAUGCUACACGUGCUGUAUAUGCAUAGUACACAUUCAUCUGAAGAGACUGUUUCUCUUUGUAAGGACAAUAAAGUGAGACAGUCGGAGAUGACAAGCUUGCUGUCAGAUUCUCCUUUUACUGCAUGCAGACAUGCUGUGGAAAGUCAGUUUGGAGGUAUUGUAUCAAUGUACAGUACAUAGGUCAAUUAUACAUUAAAAUAAUAUAAA